AUGGACGAGUCCUUUGACGAUGAUUUCAGUGCGUCCCUUCCCAGCACCUUGUCCAAAGUUGUGCAAACCACAGUACUGUGCUCUGCAUUUGUCGCAAACCUGUUUGGAAACAUUUGCGUCUGCCUGGCUGUUGCUUGUGUACGCUCUCUUAAACAAAGACCUAACACACCGUUCCUUGCCAGCCUAGCAUUGACGGACUUGUCUUUUUCGUCCUUCCUUUUGUUCCGUUUAAUCUGGUUGUACGAUUUUGAGGCAGCGUCCAAAGUGUGUGAAUUCUUCGCGAUGGUCAUUUGCACGCACUCACUAGUUACUGUCAUCCACAUCUGCCUUCUUAGUUAUGACCGCUACGUGGCCAUAGCAAAUCCUCUAAGGUACAGAAGUAUAAUGACUACAAAACGCGUCAAAAGGGUCUUGACUGCCGCCUGGUUUGCUCUGCUGGUGGGUAAAAUAAUCCUUCCCUUCAGCUAUCGCAGUAACAGUAGUACCCAAUUCAGAAGAAGUAUGAUUGGUUGCUUGGACUCUGCCACUGAAAACAAACUCUCAUUGAUCCAUAUAACCAACAUUGCCUUCAAUAUCACCUUCUUGAUGGCACUUCCUUUAGCUGUGACAGUGUUUGUUUACAUUCGCAUUGCCAAAAUUUCGUGGACGCUCAGCAACCAGCUUGAACCAGGAGAAUACCUGAACCCUGAAAAGGCCGAAUUGAGGAGAAGGAGGAAGAAGGAAAUGAAAUGGAUGAAAACCAUAGGUAAGAAAAAUUUAACCGCCAACCGUUAAAAAAGGUUAUUUUUUACCGUCAGCAGUCAAAAAUGCAGAUUGAUAGUUUCAAGGAAUUUCAAUUGUGCUUUUAUGGUAUUUCAGCUGACAGGGGUACCCGACGAGAAUAUAGUUCAAAACCACUUAAACAUAGCAUUGUUAAAAGUAUUUUAGUAUUUAAACGGUAGCUAUAGGCCUAUUUUUAUCCCCUAAAAAUUUUUCCUCUGGUGAUCCGAAAAUUAUAGGGAUCAAAACUCAUCUUUUCGAAAAUUUCAGCCAGAAAAAAGGCUCCCGAAAAUUCUAGGUGAUCCUUUUAGGGUAAAAAUCGGUUAAAAAUGGGCAAUUAUACCAUUUUUUAGAUGUCCGAAAAUCCUAGGAGAGGCAGGCCAGCAAGAAAUUUUACAACAAAUGUUCCGAAAAUUCUAGAUCUCAAAUCGUCUUCCGAACAGGUAUUUUCCGAAAAUUGACGUUGGGUGCCCCUGAGCUGAUCGUCAUGGGCUUCUGGCUCCGGAAGAAUCCAGCUCUAAACUGGAAAGCGAGUUCCCAUGUUCUCAGAAACACUCCUUCUAGACAUUACGAGACCUUAGAACUUGCUUAUAUCUGACUGAAAUUAUUUCGAAAUUUUACAAGUGAAAGGCCAAGACAACCUCCAAAACACAACAGUUAAUAUAAUUUUAUACAGAAGUUAAUAUUUACUAAACGCUUGGUCUAAAUUUCCACUUAAUAACCGUCAACCGUCAAAAUCGGAGAAAAUAAACCGUCAGCUGUCAAAGCUACCACCCCUUUGAGACCCUGAUGUAAAGUAAUCCAAGACAGUCUUGGAUUGUGGACAUCGCGCUGUGGAUUCCGGAUUCCAGGUACUGGAUUUCGGAUCCUUGUCAAAGGAACUUGGAUUAGGGAUUUCAAUAAUUUGCGGGAUUCCAGAUUCCUAGAGGCGGAUUCCCGAUCCCGAAGCCCAGGAUACUGGAAUUCAAAAGCAAAAAUUUCCCGCAUUCUGGAAUCCGCGUUACCUUACAUAGGGGUCUGCCAAGAGUUCCAAAUAACAAAAUUCAAAAAGUUCAGUUCGUCGGAAGACUCCACCCAUCAUCAGACAAUAUGGAAAUUCCAGUUGUUUUGAAUUUGUUGUAAAAAGCUGUACUGUAUUAUAUUUAUUGUACUUGCUCUAUUAUCCCACAACAACCGCUUCUUUAUAGUGGACACCUUAAGAUUCAGGAACGAGGACAACUACGAGACGUUUUUUCGAGUAUUCUCAAAAAGUAGACUCACCAGAAAGCGACUUUCUACUUUUUUUUAACCAGAAUCGUUUAAACGGUUAUUUCUGUAAUUGAAGCCAGGCGGGUGUGCCCUCUCCUUAAAACAGAAUGAUAGAACUUUACAAAGGUUUCCCUAAACCCGUAGUAGAAUGACGACGACUAUCGCAUUUUCCCGCCCAAAUGACGCUAAUUUACGUCUGCGCACCACUUAGAAAAUCUCGUUGUAGUAGUCGUCCUUGUCUUGGAAUCUGAAGGUCUCUAUUAUUAUCCUGUACAGUCCAACGAUUGCGAAGAAGAUUAAAUAUGUGUCUUAGGGUUACCAGAGAGUUGACAGUGAGUCUAUCUCUUCUUCACAGUAUUGGUCAUUGGUGCGUUCGUCCUUUGCCAUUUCACACAACUCAUAUACGUGGUUCUGUCGACCAAACUGGGGACCAGUCAAAUACCAGAGGAACUCCGCACGUCGAUGAUUCUGUUGACAGCGAUACACAGCACUCUCAAUCCGAUCAUUUACGUGUUCAGAUCAAACGAGUUUAAGAGCGCAUUUAAGAUGUUCUUCACCACAUCUGCUGCUUUGGCACAGAUUGCAAAUACAAAUAACACUACUGCAAGGUCUUGUAUGUCGCGUCUGGAAUUAUCAGCACGUGACCCACGAAAUUGUCGCCUGCCUUCGUUCCUUGUGCCGAGCCCAGCUGAGAAUCUGACAGUUAUUACACAGAAUAAACAAGAUCCGAUGAUCUCAUUCCUACCCCUGCAGGAAGCAGAGCAUCAGGAACAACUUGUUCAAGACUCAAAGACUGUUUCCCACAAGUACCAAGUAGUGUCAACAUGUGAUCAGUCAAGAGGUAUGCAUACAGACUUGACGACCUCGUAG